AGGUCUGCACAAUAUGUCGACAGUGUUCGGGGUUUUAUGGAUCACCUAUCAGCCCAAGAAACGGCCAAAAAGGGCUAACAGGAGUAAGAAGAAGGGGUACAAGAAACAGUGUAAGAACGUGGAAGUGCAGAGCGAGAGCGUGACAUGUGAGAGUGCGGCCCCUCCUAAUGUGAGUGUCAGCCCCCUCCAGAUUGUAGCGAGCCCUCCCGAGAUUGUGCCAGAACCCACCCCUGCCCGACUCUCUCAACAACCUGCAAAACCCGCACAACCUGCUAUACAACCUGCGAAACCUGAAAACCCCACAGAACCUGUGAAACCUGCACAAACCGCCGCGAAGCCUGCAAAAUCUGCUGUUGAACAAGUAAAAACUGCCUCCUCCUCUCCUCCUGAAGCUGCACGUGUUGCACCUGAUAGUAAGCUCCCGGCUGGUGACUCUGUUAAGCGAGUUGAUCCAGCCGGUGAUAUGCCUGCUCCAGAGGCCUCACCUACUAACCCCCAACACCCGACACCACCGUGUGUGACACCAUCUGUGAUUGUACCCUCAGUGACAUUAGACCCUCCGGACACCCCUCCUCGCACUGACCAGCUUCUGGAGGAUCUAGUACCCUGCAAGGAUCCUGAUGUGACACCGACCCCGACUCCUACAGUUGUGGCCCCAGCAGAUGUGACUUUAACAGAAGUUGAUGGUGGUGAUCUCACUCAGAUCUCUAAUGAAAGUGAGGAGUUCAUGACCCCUCUUGUGAGCAACAAUGAGCCCACCGACCCUCUGGGGAUGGUACUGGCAGCUGGUGCUGCGAGGAAUCCGGAUGUGCCCAUCAACAUUGAUGAAAGUUUAACUGAAACAUCAAAAGAAGAAACAUCCGUUGCCUCCUCCAAAUCAUCCGAAAAUGUAGCCCCGCCCGAGAAUAAAGGAAAGCUAAGACUAGCUUUAUCGUACGACUCUGAUUCUCUCAUUGUAUCUAUUCUUGAAGCAUGCGAUGUUCACGUGCCGAGUUCGGACACAUCUUCCAACCCUUAUGUUAAGAUUUCCUUGAUCCCGAGUGGGGAAGGAGGUGUACCUCUAGUGGAGCACCAGACAAAGGUAGCUACCAACACAAAGGAGCCUGCUUUCAGAGAAACCUUCCUCGUUAAGAUUGAAGAAGGAGACAGUUCGCAGAGACUGCUUGUGUCACUCUGGAAUCAGGGGGAUGUUGAGGACUACUCUUGUGGAGGAAUGUCCUUCUCAAUCGACGAAUAUGCCAAACCCAACACGUCAGUAAAUGGUUGGUAUUAUCUUCUUGAUGACCUUGAAGCUGAGAGGAGCAACAUUCGUUGCGUUCAACCUGUCAAGAAUCACGUCGUGAGCACAAACAAGAUUUCUCUGGCGGCGGACAAGCGACCUGUUAAAAUCCAGCGCAACGCGAAGGGGCUCGGUUUCGCAGUUGUCAGCGAUGGCCCCGUCAUAGUGACGAGUGUGGAAAACGGUGGUCCGGCAGCUGCUGGGGGCCUCCUCAAAGGGGACAUGAUUCUUGCUGUCAAUGGGAAAGAGGUGAGCGACCUGUCCUGCGCCUAUGUUAGCAAACUGCUCCGACAGUGUGGUGACUCAGUCGAAAUGGUGGUACAACAAGCUCCACGAGAUAUGCUGUCCAACCCUUGCUACACGCCCGAUCUCAUGAACGGAGCUAAAGACAAGGACCACACUAGUUUACCUCCGGUAGUUUUGGACUGGGAGACUUUACCUCCUCUGGAACAAAAGAGACAACAAGCGAUCCAGGACCUGAUCAGAAGUGAGGAUCACUACCUCACCGAUCUCAAAUUCGGUAUCGAGCGGUACCUGCUGCCACUGAAAAAGAAAGACUUCAUCGCUCCAGAAAAACACGAGAAAAUGUUCAACAACAUCAAGGAGGUCUCCGACAUCACCAACAAGGUCCUCAAGAGUCUGACCAUCAGUCGGGUGCCCCUAAUCAACACCUCGCCCAACCUGCCCUAUUAUAUCUACAGUAUCGGCGAGGUGUACCGCGAGAACUCAGCUGAACUGAUCCAGCAGUACGAGGAAUAUCUGAACGGAAGGAAAGCAGCCCACCAGGAGUUCAACAGACUUCACAAUGUUGGAGAGUUCAUGACGUUCCUGCAGGAACCCCCUGCUCUCCCCGACCUCUGCAACAUCCUGCAGCAACCUCGCGAGCACAUAGGAAGUCUACCGUGUCUACUACAAUCAGUUCUGUCUGCUACGCCUCUACAUCACCCUGACCAGGCGCACCUUGGUCAUGUUAUUCAGGUUUUGUCAGCCCUGUCGCGAACAUCCCCAAGCAAAAAGAAGUCAGAAGCUAGGAAGAUGGCUGACAUUCAAGAACGCCUUAUAUUUUCUUCCUCCGUCAAACCAUUCCCUAUAAAGGAAGGAGACAGAGUACUUGUACACGAAGGUAGCUUAUACAAGCUGGACAAGAAGAAGAAACACAAGGUGUACGCGAUGCUGUUUACCGACCUACUCCUCCUCACCAAGGAGGUGGGACAACACUUAAAAGUGGUCCAGGACCCAAUGUUCCUCUCUCAGAUCAUGAUCCAGGACUUCAACUGUGACGAUGGGACUGAGUUUCACAUCACUGUAGUCGCUACUUUGCCAGCUGAAGGUGACAAGGUAAUACACGGUGACACGUACGUUCUGCGAGGCAAGACUGCCGACAGCAAGGAGAUUUGGAAAAAGGUCAUCGGCGAUAGAGCAAGUGGUGUUGAUCGUCUGACUCAGAAGCCUAAAGAUCCCAAUAUCUACAAUCUACCUUGUUUGCCUACACCUAUUCCUGACCCGGACCAUAGCACGAGUGAACCAGAGGUUGACGAUAUGGGAGUUCCUAUCUGGGACGGAGUGUCCAAAGGAAACGCUGCCAAAAACGACAAAAAACCUGGCAAAAAAGGCAGUGAGGACUGCAAGUCACAGCCGAAUGUCGAACAGUGUCGAAGAUGGCAGGAGAGCCUUGAAAACGUCUUACAUGACCCUAAGGGCGAAGCGCACUUCCUGCGCUUUUUGAAGAAAGAGUUCUGCUCAGAAAACUUUGAGUUUUGGAAAGACGUCAAACAGCUCAAAAAGAAGAAACCGGAGGGUGAAAAACUUAAGAAAGACGUGAAAAUUAUUUAUGAUGAAUACAUUGGAGAUUCAGCCUCGAAACAGAUAAAUGUGAACGGGAAGCUGAAAGUGGCAAUAAGGGACACGAUUGACGAGCCCUAUAUCGAAAUGUUUGACGAUGCCCAGAAAUUUGUGAUACAGUUGAUGCGGGACGGCCCCUACCGACGUUUCAUCGACGAAGAUAAUCUCCAAGAGAUACUAAAGGGUCACGGAUGAGGGUUUCACGAGGAAAAUCGUUGAACAUUAAAUUAUUGCGGGUGUGGGUGUAGCUAACACAACGUCUGUGUGUAUAUGCAGUGAUAGAAGAUUUCUCAGAUGCAUAAAGGAGUAUGGGGGCGGGGUUGCGGUGUUCCCAGUUGCCUGGGGACCAGUGUACUAGGAGUCACCAGCCCCUACCGACCCUGUGCACGUGUCGGUCGCGCGACAGUCUCUCUUCAACACCUGAUUACUCACAGCGGACCGGCAUCCCGCCCUGCCCCCCAAUUUAUACGUUCUCUUAAUCUCUCUCAACAAAAAACUUGCCUUGUUUUAUAUAUCGGAAGGUUUGUCAGACCUGUGCUCAGUGAUAUGAAAAUAUUGGCUCGCUUUGUUUUAACCCACUCUACCUCUCGUUAUUACCUCCACUGAGAACUACGUACCACAAAAAUAACCGUACUACAUGGACUACAUGAUAAUAUCACUCUCCAGAGAAAAAAGUGACUUGUGAAGCAGCGUCGUUAUAAUUCAUGCGUAUGUUUGAUUAGCCGGAACAGAAAUAUUUAUAUACAAUUCUGACGAUAUGUUUUUAUUUAAUAUUUUGUUGAUGGUGGUAUGAGGCUUUAGGUUUGUCAGUUGCUGUGGUUCGUACCGGCGCACCGGUCUCACAAUAGCUUAGCCCAUGAUCCUAUUCUGAGUCCGGCGCCGCUCUUUGGCCCCUGUUUUGCACACCGUUACUUAUGGGCACGUGCGCAGCGCGGCGCGCGUGUUACUUCACCCGUCGUUGCCUUGACAACACCGUGUUGUAACACGUGCGAUUCGUGCUGAAUUCAAAGUAUAAGUGUGCACUUCAGGGCCAGCAGGCGGCAUGCUCUGCCUUGCUGCGUCACUGAUGGACUAAUAGACGUGUGGGCUUCCCUAUUAACCGCGUUGUUUGUGGUUUUGGGGUCGCUCCAAUUUUGUCCUGUAUUGUUAUUUGAAUUUCUAAGCGUCUUUUUGGGCCAAUGUUGUAAAUAUGAAAUAAAGAUAACGUGCUCAUAGCGCGUAUCUUACCGUGAAUUUGUGUUACCCAAUUAUGUCGGGCUCGCCAUCGGGCCCCUCAUAAAUAGAA